CACACACACACAGUGCGGCGGGGAGGAGAGAAUGUAUCUGUAUAUAUAAAAUAUUACAUACACAAAUGCGAAGGUUGGUCAUUGAGAAUAAACGCGUAGAUAUUCUUCGAUCGUUUUUGAUAUAAUUAGAGAUUAAAGCAAUGAUAUUGAUACAAAAUUAUAAAUAUAUAAUUGCUGCGAACAACAGUGUAAUCGAAAUUCAUCAUGAUAUGUUAAAAGAUAUUUGGAUGUAGAUUGACAUUCGAACAAAACGUUUUAACCAUGAGCGUAAAACAUAGUCCAAGAAAAAUAACAUUGGCCAUGAUAAAAGGUAAACCUAUUGCAACUUCGGUUCCUGUAAUUCAUUAUCAUGCUAGUGAUGAUGAAUUAGAAGAAAUAUAUCCUAGUACUGAUGAAGAAAAACAAUUAACACCGGAACAUGAAAAAAAUUCAUCUAAAGUGAUCUCUACCCCAUCGAAGUGUGCUCAUGAAUCGGAUAUUUCUGAAAAUAAUUCAGAAUCUCAGUCUAUCAGUACGGAAAAUAUUUUACUAGAAGGUACGCCACCGUCUCUUGAUCCAUGGAAAGUAUUAUCAGAAAUUAAAGGAAAAAUAACCAAGACGUUUGAGGAAAAAUUGUCUGAAAUAAAAAGUGAUAAAAAAAAACGUCAUUCUAAGGGAGAAACUUCAAGUAUUAGUGAUUUAGAAGAUCAGGGAUGUAUUACACCUUGUGAUGAAAAGAUAAAUGACAUUCGAAGAGGUAAUUCAACUAAAUAUGUAGGUUUUUCUGGAAUUAAGACCGGUUUGAAAGACAAGAGUUUACAGGAUGAAAGUGUAGAAAGUGGUAUUGAAGCUUCUGAAUUUUCUCAAAAUGUUAAUGAAAAUAUUACAUCUUCUUCAAGGAGUGAUUUAUCGAAUAUAAAAACAUCUAAUAUUGAUAAUUAUACCACUUUUCCACAACAGACACAAUAUGCAUGCACAGUAGCAUUUUCAAAACGAGUAAAUUUCAAAACUUUGUUUUUACAAUUGAUCAAACAACUGAUUCGCCAAGCAACGUAUAAAUCUGUUGCAGUUUUUAUUGCCAUUUCUUGCAUUUAUUAUACUAUUCCAUUAGCAGAAUAUUUAUUAGGAUUUUUAAUGGGUAUCUUUAUGACUAUUAUUUUUUAUGACAUAGUAACAAAAUUUAAGAAGAUUUUAACCACUUUGCCAGAUGAAACAUAUCCUUCUAGUCUACCAAUACCUGUUUUGGAAAUUCCAGCUGUAGAAGAACAUGCUGUGAUUGAAAGAUAUCAAGGUUGGUUAAAUGAAUUGCCCUGCAAUUAUGAACCAAAUAAUUAUCAUGUGGCACGCACAAAAUCAGUGUUCUUUAGAUUAGAGGGAAAUAUUUUGCGUAUUAUGGAAACUAGAAUGAAAAUACCAAAGAAAGCUGUCUGGGAUGAACCUAAACACAAAUUAAAAUUUAUCAGAAGAAGAGUUUAUAAUUUAACUGAGGCAAAAGUAGAACUUCUUCCCUAUGGACUAGCUAGAAGAAGAAGAUGGAGUAAAAAAUAUCCAAUUUGUAUAAUCCUUAAAAAGGAAGCUUUAAUUUGUAAUGUGACAUUGAAGAAUACAACCGAUGAUGAAUCUUCAAUGAAUAAUUAUCAUGGUAAAAUGAAUCUAAAAAAAAAGAUAAAAUAUAAAUCGGAUAAAAAAUGGGAUGAAGAAAUACAGGAUGCGGAUGAAAUUUUUGUUAAUAUGGAGAAUGAAGAACCAAUUAUAAAACAAGAUGUUUGCGAGAUUGAAGAUGUAGAAAAUACUGAUGAAGAUGAUAAUGAUAAUAAAAAUUACAAUUAUGAUUUAACUAAUGAUUAUAUUGGUAACGAAUACGUAAAAUAUGAAGAAUAUUUUAUGGAGAGAAAAGAGAAAGAAGAAUAUAUGGAAGAAAAGGAGAAACGAAAAAAGGGAAGAUAUUCUAAAGAGCAACAAAAAAGGGAUGAUAAAGAAAAGAAAGAUGUAAAUAAAACUUAUAUUUGUAAAAAUAGAAAAAAAAAGAAACGUAGAGAAACGUUAAAUGAAAUGAAAAUUUGUAAAAAAUCAACGAUGAAAAGAUGGAAUAAAAUGAGAGAUGAUUGGGAAGAAGGAAAGCAAAGUAGAAGAAAAGAACAACAAAAGAAUACACGAAAAGAGAAAAAAGAGGAGAAUGAGAUACAAGAAGAGGAAGAAGAGGAGGAGGAGGAGGAGGAGGAAGAGGAGGAGGAAGAGGAGGAGGAGGAGGAGGAAGAGGAGGAGGAGGAAGAGGAGGAGGAAGAGGAGGAAGAGGAUGAAGAAGAAGAGGAAGAGGAAGGAGAAACAAUAAAUAAAAUAAUAAACCUAGAAGAAAAAAAGGAAAAUGAAGAUGAAAGAAAUAAAGAAGUGAUUGAGAUAGAGAAUGGAAAAAGAGAAAUAGAAGAAAAAAGAAAAGAAAUACAAAUGAUAAUUGAUGAUAAUAAGAAGAAUUAUAAUGGCUAUGAUCGUAAUGAAUUGCACAAAGAAAGAACAAGAAAUAAUAGAAAAAAGAAGAAAAAGGGAAAAGAUGAGGGGGAAAAAGAUUAUGAGGAACAAGAGGAAGAGGAAGAAAUGGAAGAGGAAGAGGAAUUUUACAAUAUUGAUAAGAAAAAAAUGAAAUAAAAUAUUAUUUUUGCUAGAACUGAUCGUGAAAAAGAAGAUUGGUAUAGACGUUUAGUUUCUGCUGCAUCUCGAUAUGUUAAAAAAAAGGAUUCGUUAUUAUUUACACUUGAUACAUUAAGUACUAUACCUAGUAUUCAUACAACGCUACAGAAAAUCAGUACCGCGGAAUCAAAAAAUUCUCUUUCAACUAGUAAUUCACAUGAAACUGUACCUGAGCUAAGUUAUAAUGCUUAUAUGGCAAAAUAUUUGGAUAAUUGUUCAUCUAUAUCAGAAGAUAAAAUUUCCAUGUCUGCUGAAAGCACACUUUGGAUUAACUGUUUAAUAGCUCGUAUACUUUUCGACAUGCGUAAAUGUCCUGAAACUAUACAUCUUAUACAAGAUAAAAUACAACGUAAAUUAUCCAAUAUAAAACUACCUUAUUUUAUGGAGUGCCUUUUAGUUUCAGAGAUAACAAUAGGACAAGGAGCUCCUAUUAUUCAUAAUAUAACAAAACCAAUGAUUAAUGAAAGAGGUCUCUGGCUUAAUUUAGAUAUAACAUAUAAAGGAUCUUUGACCAUGACUGUUGAAACAAAAUUGAAUUUAAUGAAAUUAACAAGAACUGGAUCAGUUCCAGAUGAUACACGUAUAAUUAUUUCAACAAAAGCAAAUGAAUUGACAACUAAAUCACCGAUUUUUGAUAGUGAACUAGAAGAUACUCCAGAAACAUCUACAGAAGAUGAUUAUGAUACUUCCAAACCACAGUCGUAUAAUACAGUUAAAGAAACAACGUCUUCGCAAUCUUCCGGGAAGAAGUUCCUCAAUAUGGUAGAUAGAAUAGCAGCGAAUAAAUAUUUUCAACAUGCAACCGAGUUAUCUUACGUUCGAAGAGCUAUGGAAGGUGUUUCGAAUAUGGAAAUUCGAUUGAUGGUUACUGUUUCAAGUAUUGAAGGUUGUGUAUCGAUAAACAUUCCACCGGCACCGUCCGAUCGUUUGUGGUAUGGUUUUAAACCCGUACCGAAAGUUAAUCUCACCGUAAAACCAGCGGUUGGGGAGAGAACAGUUAAUAUUGUUUAUAUAACAAAAUGGAUAGAAACAAAAUUACUCAGGGAAUUUGAAAAAUUGGUUGUUUUACCAAAUAUGGAUGAUCUCAUUUUACCAUUGUGUCCUAAUUAUCCUUAUACGACAAUGCAAUAGUAAUAAACAAAAAGUAUUGACCGUUGUAUCGUAUUAAAUGUAAACUAUCUGUAUAAGUGAACUACUUGUAUAUCUUCAUCAGAUUUAUAAUUGUAGAUUUGAUUAGUAAAUGAUAAAUAUAAUCGUGAUGAAAUUU